GUGGUGCGCAGGCGCGGCCGCUCUCGGGCGUCCUACGUUGCGGACGAACUAGGUCGCGGGACAGUUGGAGGCCAGCGCAGCGCGUCUGCGAAGAACCCCACGGUGCCGCCAUGCCAGACAACUGGGACAAGGACGUGUACCCCGAACCCCCGCGCCGCACGCCGGCGCCUUCGCCGCAGACCUCGCUGCCCAACCCCAUCACCUACUUGACGAAGGCUUUCGACCUCCUCGUGGACCGGCCUGUGACCCUCGUGAGAGAGUUUAUAGAGCGGCAGCACGCGAAGAAUAGGUAUUAUUACUACCACCGGGAGUUCCGCCGUGUGCCAGACAUCACCGAGUGCAAGGAAAAGGAUAUCAUAUGCAUGUUUGAAGCAGAAAUGCAAUGGAGAAGAGACUACAAGGUUGAUCAAGAAAUCGUUAACAUUAUCCAGGAAAGGCUAAAGGCCUGUCAGCAGAGGGAAGGUGAGAGCCACAGGCAGAACUGUGCCAAGGAGCUGGAGCAGUUUACCCAGGUGGCCAAGGCCUACCAGGACCGCUAUCACGACCUGGGAGCCCAUUAUUCUGCCAGGAAGUGCCUGGCAAAACAGAAGCAGAGAAUGCUAGCAGAGAGAAAAGCUGCUAAAGAAGCUACUGCUGCCUGAGUAGCUUCUUGAGCCCCCAUCACAUGACUGUCACUAUUACUAAAAUAAAAAAUUGUGAAACGUCUUUUUGGUGUCAUUUUCAGCCCUCAACCUGGACACAUUGAUGAGCUUUAUAAUUCUUCAUCUGAUUGGCCCCAUCUACUAAUUUCAGCCACCACUAUGCUCAUGAAAUAAAUAGAAAGCAACUAUUAA